UUCGCGACGCGAACACUUUACAGUGCGUACACCAAUGUCGCCGGAGUGUCAUAGUGAUGUGUGAGUGAUUGUGUACAUCAUGUCGAGGUCUAAAACAGCUACAGCCAACUCCGGAAUACCGGUGUUGAAGAGUUACAGAAUGUGUCGCAAGUCGAACGUCAAGCCGCCAGCAGCCGGGGAUAAUGUCAACUGGGAACGUCUUAUGUCCAGGCCUCCAUAUCCGAUCGCUUCUCUAGACCUGAACCACAUCGGUAGCUUCACAAGUCACGCUCACGACUUCCAGAGUCCCGACAACAUCAUCAUGGUCAGGUCCACAGAUCAGCGGACCAUUGCGGAGAAGAAAGGCACUCAGCCCCCUAAGCUGAAGACAGUGACUGUUUCUACCGUGGAGACGUACAACCGCAACCAGAACACGGUCCGCAAGCUGACGACCAAGAGUGUGGACGGCGUGGUGGAGUCGAAGGAGACUAUCGUCACAGACAUCGCCCGUGCUCCUCUCCUGGGCUCUCAAGUCAACCUGAGGGCAGAUAAGCUGAAAUCUCCACCCUCAUAUGCAUCAACACCUUCAAAAUCUCAGACAUUGCCCAGGCAGAGCAGCAAUGUGUCUAUACGCAGCACUCCACGGACGCCUCAGAAGACCAAGGACAUCAACAAAGACGAGUUCGCCAAGCAGUGUUUAGAACGACACAACGAGUACCGAGCAAAGCACAAGCUCGACCCUCUCAAACUCAGUCCUGAGCUUAACUCAUUCGCGCAGGAGUGGGCAGACCACCUGGCCAGUAUUCUGAAGAUGAUGCAUCGGCCAAACAACAAGUACGGGGAGAAUUUGUGGAUGUACAUGACGACGGACCGCAGCCAUCGAGUGGUGGGAAGCGACGCCGUGGACUCAUGGUACAACAACGAGCUCAGCAAGUACAAGUUUGGCACAGAACCUCGGGAUUUGGAAGCUGGUCACCUGACUCAAGUGCUAUGGGCGAGCAGUGAGUACUUGGGUGUCGGAGUAGCUAAGACUGGAGAGUAUACGUUUGUCGUCUGCAAUUACAACCCACCUGGCAACUACAAGGGAGAGUACGUCGACAAUGUUCCUCCCAUUGGAGGAUGGAAGGACAGACCCACGGCACCAAAGGGCUCGGCAGAAUCUCAGGAAGCUUUCAUCAAGGACACGUUGAGGAUGCACAACGAGUACAGAGCCAAACAUGGCGUUGGUCCUCUCACAUUGGAUGCCAACAUCACAAAGUUUGCACAAUCCUGGGCAGAGCACUUAGCAGAGAAGAACUUGUUCUCUCACCGUCCUAACAACCCCUACGGAGAGAACAUCUUCUGGAGCUCCGGCAGCGCUGGUGCCAAGGUCAUGUGUGAUAGUUGGUACAACGAAGAGAACGGGUACAACUACGAUGUUGAUCCCUUCAAGAGUGGAAGUGGGUUAAAGAGUGGCCACUUCACUCAGAUGGUGUGGAAAGACUCGAAGCAACUUGGAGUUGGUCGAGCGUUCGCCAAGAACGGAGCGAUGAUCGCAGUUGCCAACUACGGUCCACGAGGCAACAUCAUCGGCCAGUUCACGUCCAAUGUGCUUCCACAGAAAAAGCGCUGAAGUAUCAAGUUAAAAAUAUUUUACCAAAGAUCCUUGUAAUUUUACCUAGAGUAGUGUUCAUCAUAGGCUGCGUCCAGCCGUUUUCCAGUAUUAUGUAAUUUAUAACUGUAUAUACUGUUUAGUUUUUCGACGAGUAUUUCCAGGAUGUUACAUUUGUUAUGAAGAUGGCUUCCAAUAUUUAAGGGUUUUGAAAUUAGUUGUUUAAGACUACAUUUUCAUGUUUUUAUUAGUUAAUAACGUAAAUGCUAUAUGUGUAAGUAAAAUAUAACUUUUGAUCCACCUUGAUUUCUUGUAUUCAUAAACUAUUUGUAUUCUUGAAUAUUUAUUAAAAAACUAUUUGCUUAUGAUACUAAAUUUUGAAAAAAGCUUACAAAUAUGCAUUCCCUUAUAAUAAUUGUUACCUCAAUUUCAGAUAUCACAUAGGUCAGUUUAUUUGUUCUCAUCAUCUAUCUUUACACACUUAAGAUAUAUGUAUUACAAAAACACUUCUAUCCAAAGUAUGGGUUCCUCCAAGUAAAUGUGUAAGACAUUGAUUAAGUAUACGUAAAAAGGUGCUAACAAUCUUUUUAGAUUGAAUCGUAUAUUAAGUGCUUGUUGCGAGUUUAGAUUGUUAUGUUUGCCUCCAAGGGACACAUUGUUAGAUUGACACAUAUCCAUAUACUACUUUGUCCUUAGCAUUGCACUGAAAGACUGUUGUAGUACAAUACCAUGCUGCUCAAAUUAAGAAUUCCGUUUCAAUAAAUUUACAUUUUUGCAGUUUUUGUUUUUUAAGCACACAAUAGCUCAAUGUAACUUUGUUGGGUUUCAUUGUGUUGAAAAACAGUGGGGACAUAAUUAAUUUACGUAGUGAUUGGGUCAAAAUAAAAAAUAAAAUCAAGAAUAAAACUUUUUCCAAAAUUGCUUUGUUAAGCAGAUAUUCGCCAUUUUGUAUUAUUUACAUUAACGUUUUUAUGAUUGGAUUAUUUUUACUGAUCUUUAAACUUAUGUAUGGUAUGUAUGUUAAGGUAGAAGAGACCCAUGCUACAAAAAUUUAUCUUAAUCCAAUUUCAAAUUUCUAAAUUACGACCAUUUUAAUUUUUAAAAUUUUUAUCACAAAAAA